AUGGACGUCUUUCUGUCCAAGGUGACCCAGCAGGCUAUGAACUAUGCCAUUCGGUCUGGUGUCACAUUGACGGCCUCGUACGCCAUCAAACAGUCCACAAAACUGCUCAAUAGCGCCCCCAAGAGCGAUGCCCGGGAUGAACUCUACCGUGCCCAGCAACGCCUUCAAAACAAGAUUCGAAUCGUCUCCCCGGCAAUCGAUAUGAUCGAGUUGAUCGCGGCGCGAGGCAACACUUCUCUUGAGUCCGCCGUGGCACUGACCAAAGAGCUGCGCCUCCAGAUCCAAUCCUUAGGUCAACGCCUGGCUAAAGCGGCAGAGCACAUGGAGAAGAAAGCCUCUAAAAACGGCAAAAAUGUCAAGCACCUCGAUCAACAGACGGAGCUGGAGUUGAAAUGGAUGGUCCGGGACAUUAAUCGUCUGCUGGAACGCAUCGAAGAUGCUGUGCCUCUCAUUAACCUUGCAAUCACUACUUCGGGGGCAAGCCUGUCUACCUCACUACCACACACUGUCUCUCCGUCGAGACUAUUGCAAGCGAGCACAUUUCUGACCGCAGGCGACACCCAAUAUGCAUUAUCUCCACAGAGCGCUGUGCAAAUCGGACCCACCUUCACUCUGACAGUGUACAUGCUCUUUGCCGGCCAUGACCGCCCACAGGAUGAGGAAGACAUCCGCGAGACGACUUGGAAAGAAGUCAUUCAUAAAGCCAGAGUCAAGCUGCGACGCGUGCCUCUCGAUCUGGUGACCGGUACGGGCUCUGGUUCGGAUGCUACACCUUCUGCCGAAAUCUCGUCUCCCGGCCCAGUGUCAGACGUCAACGGCAUCUUCCCUGCUGAUGCACGGGCAGACGAAUAUGCCUACCAGAUGAUGAUCAUUGAAGAUUUUGACGAUGACCGCGUGCAUGACUUCGAAGAAGAUCAACCCCGCCCCGGUCCCUUUGACGAUGUGGCACUUGCAGGUAUCCGCGAAAUGAUCCCAAUUCACCAAAUAUCCAAAAUUUUCUACGCAGACACCAGCAAAGUCCUGAACAUUGGAUCUGACGCAGAAAGCAACCAUCCCGUUCUACUACUGAAACGAGAUGUCAAUGCCAUACCUCCAAGGAGGAUGAUGCGAAAAGAAGAACUCAGCGAGGAGGAUGAAGAGGGCAUUACUUCACCACAGAAUCAGCAGCCCGAACAGCAUUACGAUGAUGAACUUCGCCAAAGACAUCAGGACCCAUGGCGGUUUCCGCCGUCCUUGGAUCCCGAAUGGAUUGCAUUCGAAGUCUACUCCGAGUCCGACUCGGAAGAAUCCGACGCCGAGACCGAAGCGGGAGAGAAAGAACAAGACGAGGAGGACACUUCUCGCACAGACUUCGGUGACAAUUACCAUGCUGAUGAUGAUGCCGCUGCUUCACAACUUGCCAACUGCAUGUCCGAUAUGCAUCUUAGUACCGCAAGUACCAGCUCUCCAUCUCCGUCUCAAGCGAACCAGAACCAGGCAUUCCGCACCAGCCAGUCGCCUCCAUGGGUCAACGGUAUCAAAACAUCCCUGUCGUUGUUGGAGCUCCUCCUGCGACUGACUUCUCUGCAACAAUUCCAGCAGCAGUCCCAUCUCUCCAUCACCGACGAGCUACUCAACUUCUUCCUCGAGGAGAGUGCUUCCACCGGCGCAGGCGGCGAUGAACACUACAGACAAGCCCUGCGGGCAGAGGCCAGGCGGCGUGUCGGCUGGGACCCCUACGACGAAAGCCCCAUGAAAAAGCGUGGCGAGGAGUACCAGUACUACAGUCCGAGUCCGAGAUCGAGUCCUGCACCGCACCGAGAUGCUCAGGUCCAAGGCUUGACUGGACCCGCGUCGUCGCCUUGGAAUCCCCGAGAUGCGCAUAUGCGGUCAAUCACGGGUGUCUCGGAUUUUCAAGCGCCAUCGCCGUCGCCCAGAGCGUCACUCUCCCCUAGAGGGUCACCGCUGCCGUCUAUGCCACCACGCGAACGUAGUCGUGGGAGUCGGGCGUCUUGGCUGAAGAGGGAAGAUGGUAGGAAGGGCAGCCCGUUGAGACCGCAGACUGCGCAUACGGACGAAGGAAUCGGUACGAGUCCUGCUAGUAGUGGAAUAGACAAGGCAUGA